UGCCAUCUAAUGAUAGCAUUAGUCAUACAAUUCAUGUAUUGAUUGAUUGAAUGAAUGAAAUGUAAAGACAAGUCAUUGUAAAUAUGUUUCAAAGACUUUUUAAAUCAAAUCAAUUGAUUUUAAAUCAUUGUAUAAGAAAUGUAAGUAAUUUGCAAUCAUUUGGUCGCUUGAGUUACGGCACAAAAGCCACACAAAGUACAGACACGAGUGGAUCGACAUCGAGAGUGUCAAAGAAGAUACAGGAAAUUGAAGACAGACUAAGUGCUGAUCCCAAUAGUCCAUUGGGAAGACUGAAGAGGACACCGAAAGGUGAUGUAAACACUGACGCUAUAGUCAAUGACCACCAAACAGACGGUGACAACCCUUUUGCCGCAUUUGAAGACGGAGUAAACCCAACAACUGGCGAGAGAAACGGUCCGACGGGUCCCGAACCGACCCGUUAUGGCGAUUGGGAACGUAAGGGAAGAUGUAUUGACUUUUGAUACUUAACUGUCAAUUGUUAUUAACAAAUAGUCUUCACUUCUCAUUAUAAUUGUUUAGUUAAUUGGAUUAACUAUUAAUAAAUAAUUAAAAGUAAAACUCUUACCAAUUGGACACUUGAUAUUAGGCUUUGAAUAGUAUUGAUAUGACAUUCAUUGUUAACUUAAUGACAGAAAUUUUAUAAUUAAAUUAUUUGCUAGAAUUAAAAGCUCACAAAAUUAGGUUUUUAUU